CUGCUCUGAAUUGGGAUGGGGGCCCGGAGCUGGGGCGCAUCCGCCGGGACGGAGCAGGUCCGGAGCAGGUCCGGCAUUUCCUGUUUUUGGGGCCGGCGUGCCCGGUGCGAGCAGGAUUUCCUGUGCCCCGAGACCUUCCCAGCCCUGGGGCAGGCUGGCUGUUGUGACAUCCCCUGUGCCCUGGCUCAGCAGGGGGAAACUGAGGCACGGAGGCGGCCGGGUGCUGCUGGCGUGGUGGACAAGCUUUUUGGGAAGCGGCUGCUCCAAGCCGGGCGCUACAUCAUGUCCCACAAAGCCUGGAUGAAGACGGUGCCCACGGAGAACUGCGACGUGCUGAUGACCUUCCCGGACACCACGGAUGACCACACGCUGCUCUGGCUGCUGAACCACAUCCGCCUCGGCAUCCCCGAGCUCAUCGUGCAGGUCCGGCACCACAAGCACACCCGCGUCUACGCCUUCUUUGUCACCGCCACCUACGAGAGCUUGCUGCGUGGGGCCGAUGAGAUCGGGCUGCGGAAGCCGGUGAAAGCCGAGUUCGGCGGGGGCAUGCGGAGCUUCUCCUGCGAGGAGGAUUACAUCUACGAGAACAUCGAGAACGAGCUUUACUUCUUCACCUCUCAGGAACGGCAAAACAUCAUCAGGUACUGGCUGGAGAACCUGCGCGCCAAGCAGGGCGAGGCGCUGCACAACAUCCACUUCCUCGAGGGGCAGCCCAUCAGUGAGUACGGCCCGCCACGGUCCCCCUGCCCAGCCACCUCCCCACAUCCCCGCUGCACCGUGUCCGACCCCCAGAGGCCCCGCUCACGCCCCCCUCGACCCCUUGCAGAUGAGAUCUGCGACUACUUCGGGGUGAAGAUCGCCAUGUACUUCGCCUGGCUCGGCUUCUACACCUCGGCCAUGGUGUACCCCGCCGUCUUCGGCUCCAUCCUCUACACCUUCACCGAGAGCGAUCAGACCAGCCAGGACAUCUGCUGCGUGGUCUUCGCUAUCUUCAACGUCAUCUGGGCCACGCUCUUCCUGGAGGAGUGGAAGCGCCGCGGCGCCGAGUUCGCCUACAAGUGGGGGACGCUGGACACCCCCGCCGAGUCCAUCGAAGAGCCCCGGCCCCAGUUCAGGGGCAUUAAGCGAAUCAGCCCCGUGACCAGCGCGGAGGAGUUUUACUACCCGCCGUGGAAGCGCCUGCUCUUCCAGUGCCUGGUCAGCCUGCCCGUCUGCCUCGCCUGCCUCUCCUUCGUCUUCCUUGUCAUGCUGGGCUGCUUCCAGCUCCAGGAGUUCGUGCUGAGCAUCAAGGAGCUGCCCCGCAUCAUCCGCUUCCUGCCCAAAAUCGUCCUGGCCGUCAUCGUCACGACCUGCGACGAGGUUUACAAGAAGAUCGCCUACUGGCUGAACGACAUGGGUACGUGGGGGGCCGGGGGGGGGGGGGGGGGGGGGGGGCCCGCGCGAUGCCCCCGGACGGACGUCCUCGAGCCAGCGGCACCCGCACCCCCCCCCCUGCGCCCCGCUGUCCCCGCAUGCCGCGUUACCGCUCACGGUCUCUCUCUGUCUGUCUGUCCGUCCGUCCUUCUGUCCCUUCCACAGCUCCUGCUCAUCUUCUCUCUGUCCCAAAGCCUCAUGCGUCAGCUCAAAGAGGCUCUCCUCCCCUUCAUCUUCCUCCACCUCCACCUCUCCCUCAUCUUCCUUAAGGGCCUCCUGGGCUUUUGCUGGAGACUGGGAGUAUCCAAAAUGCUGGCCACGCUGCUCAUCACCCGCCAGUUCCUGCAGAACGUCAAGGAGGUGUCGCAGCCCCACCUGUACCGCCGGCUGCGCCGGGGGGACCUCAGCCUCCGCAGCCUCCGCGAGGUCGCGCACGCCGUCCUCCGCCUGCUCGCCCGUCACCGCGGCCCCCCGGCUGCCGGGGCCGCCCCCGAGGGGCCGCGGGGUGAGAAGAAGUGUCUGAACGGGGGCUGCGGGGUGCCGGAGGAGGAGGAGGAGGAGGAAGAGCGGCGCGAGUCGGAUUCGGAGGACGAGAGCGCCCUGGACUGCGGGCUGAAGCUGAAGAAGGUGAGCUUCAUCGAGAAGGCCGAGCGGCGCGGCACGGAGCCCGGCGGCCCCGAGGACGAGAGCUUCCUGGAGGAGGGCAGCCCCACCAUGGUGGAGAAGGGCAUGGACCCCGCCUCCGUCUUCGAGCUGGGCGAGGAUGAGGAUGACGCCGAAGGCCCCCCGGGAAGCCCGGUCAAGGCAGCGGAGCCGGCCGCCGUCCUGCGGGGCAGCCGGAGGAGGCGGGCGGCCGAGAGCAGGGAGGAGGAGGAGGGCGAGGAGGAAGGGCGCAAGCGGAACCGGGCAUCCUGGAUCGACCCGCCCGAGGAGGAUUACUCCACGCAGCUGACGCAGGCGGAGGUGGAGAGCUGCAUGAAGAAGUACGAGGACACCUUCCAGGACUACCAGGAGAUGUUCAUCCAGUUCGGCUACGUGGUGCUCUUCUCCUCCGCCUUCCCGCUGGCCGCCAUGUGCGCCCUGGUGAACAACGUCAUCGAGAUCCGCAGCGACGCCUUCAAGCUGUGCACGGGGCUGCAGCGCCCCUUCGGCCAGCGGGUCGAGAGCAUCGGGCAGUGGCAGAAGGUGAUGGAGGCCAUGGGCGUCCUGGCCAUCGUGGUCAACUGCUACCUGAUCGCCCAGUGCGGGCAGCUCCAGCGCCUCUUCCCCUGGCUCAGCCCCGAGGGAGCCAUCAUCUCCGUGGUGGUGCUGGAGCACUUCGCCCUGCUGCUGAAGUACGUGAUCCAAGUGGCCAUCCCCGACAUCCCCGCCUGGGUGGCCGAGGAGAUGGCGAAGUUGGAGUACCAGCGCCGCGAGGCCUUCAAGAAGCACGAGCGCCAGGCGCAGCACCACUUCCAGCAGCAGCAGCGGCGCAAGCGGGAGGAGGAGGAGCGGCAGCGGCACGCCGAGUACCAGGCCCGCAAGGAGCGCGAGUCCAGCCGCGACGAGGCCAAGCCCGAGGCCGCCGGGCAGGACCCGGCCCACGAGAAGAGCCAGGGCAAGGGGAAGGGCUCCGGGGGCACCUCGCACGGCUCCGACAAGCCCAAGCGCCCCAGCUCGCUGCUGGCCACCAACAACGUCAUGAAGUUGAAGCAGAUCAUCCCUUUGCAGGGCAAGUUCCUCUCCGGGGGGGCCGGGGCCGGCAGCACGGCCGCCGCCAGGUCCCCCCAGUCCCCCACCGGCAGCGAUAACAAACUCCCCGGCUUCCUCAGCUUCAAGUUCCUGAAAUCCCCCGAGACUAAGAGGGACGCGGGGACCGAGAAGGUCCAGUCGCCCACCAAGCCAUUCAACCCCGGCAAGCUCUUCAACUUCGGCAAGUCCGAAGGGGCCAGCGGCAACGGGGCCACGGCCACCGCCUCCCCCCAGCCCCGGCCCGGCCCCUCCACGGAUGGGGGCGAGCGGCCGGGCCCCAGCAAGUCCCACCUCAACGGGGUGCCGGAGGACGGGGGCCGCGAGGAGCCGGAGCUGCGGGCGGAGGAGGAGAGUGGGGGCUAUAAACUCUAACCCGACGUUUCGGGAGCGAGCACGGGCGUGCUGGCCCCGCGCCCUGCACCGUCCCCCUCCGUCGCAUCCCCUCGCGCCCCUCCAGCCCCCCUGCUGGGACCCGCUGCCACCGGGGGGAUCUGGACGCG